GUUGAAAUGAAAUUCCCAGGUCCGUGCCGAGGCUUAUCCCCCGAUGCUAGGAAUUGCUCCCUUGGCUGGCUUUGUUAGUUCCCCCGGAGCCCGGGCUUUUAAUGGCAGAGAGCAGAAAUGAAAUGCCCAACCCUUUUUCCGUAGCCAGUUUCUCCGGCGUUUCUUAUUGGUCCCAGUGCUUGAUUGCUUCAGUGAUGAUUGUUGUGCCGUGGUUGUUUCGCCGACUUGUUCAUCCCCUUAGAGGUCGUUAGGCACAUCUGCAAAAUCCUUUCUUGCUGCGGCCACGAUGAUUCACUGCAGCAGAACAGGAUCUAAGAGCCUCGCUUUAUGGGCAGUUCUCUCAACGACAUGAUCUCUUUCAUUCUUCCACAACACUCCUCGGCAUCAUGUACGUACCACCUUCUUCAGCCCCCUUCUCCCGUUCCGUUCUAGAUCCUCCCGUUCGCUUCGUACCACCAUGCACAGCUCCAGCAAUCGUGAAGAAAGAACCAGAUGAUGCGGAACCAAUACUGAUCGACAGCAACAGUCCCUCGCCCGAACCUCGAUCCAGCGUCGAAUCUCGCAAUCGCCUCUUCGCUUCCCUCGAACUCGGCGAUCACAUCUUUCGAAAUCCACGAUCCAUCACGACUCCCGACGAUCUCGACGACGCUGAACUGAAACGAUGCUUCGAUAUACUCCACGCUUGCAGUCUUGCGACCGAGUUCAACGCGACGCUUUCGAAGACAAAGGACACAAUGGAGGACUUUCUAAAGGCUAUCUUCAAGAACUGGACGGGAGAGACGGGUGAACCGGACAAGCCAACUAUGGACUUUGUGGUUCGCGAAUACAUUAGCGUUGGAAACAUUUGCAGCCAACCCGCCAAUCAUCGAACCAGCUCCUCAUGCGCCGAAUCACCAUCAUGCCGCACACCAGUCUUCGGAAUCGCCACAUAUCGAAGUCGGCCAGCUCAGCUCAGUAUCAGCUUCUCCACCACAGAGCCAGAGCCAAGUCCAGGCCAAGAUGCGCAGGACUUUUUCUGUCCGAUGGAACGUACCGAUGUGAGAUGGGAGGAGGGCGAUUGGAUGGCUGAUUUACGACGGAGCAUGAAGAAGACUUGUAUCAACAAGGUGCAUCGCUACAACAAACAUCUUGCGAUCUGGUACGUUAGAUGUUUAGUCGAUGGUUGGGCGAAGGGAAGCAUUUGGAUGGGGAAGGAUGCCACGGUCUUUUCGUUUGUGGCGAAGGAGACAGUUGACGUGGCGUUUGCUAUGAUGGGGUAUAUUUGAUGGGUCUUUGGGAAGAUGGUGCAUACUAGACUGGAAGACAAUGGGCUUGGGCGUCGAGACAGAGGCAUCGAAGGCACGAUGCUACGCAAACAUGGGAAGAAGACGUUACACGGCAAGGAGUUUUGGGGGUUUACAAGGGAC